ACAGCUUUUAUCAACCUUUUUCACAGACACCCCACAUGGAGACGCUAGGUCACCCCCCCCCUCACUGUCAGCCCAGGAGAAUGCAGUUUUCCUCAGAUAAAGCUGAGUGAUGCUUCUGACUAGGUACGGCCCUGGCUCCCUUGCACCAGCAUGGCAUCGAGUGGACGACAACACCACGCAGGGCAGGGAGGAGGGGCGAGCAGGCUAACCAAGGUCGGUCCAACAGUGGAGAAACCAAUCCAGGUUGCAGGUUCCAGGUUAAUACAUCUACCAGCCCUCAAGGAGACCACUCUUCUCUAGCGAAACACUUUGAGCUUUUAACGCACUUUUCAUCACUCGGGAAACGACCUGUGUAGGUAUCAUUGGCUGGCGUUAAAGAUGCUUUUGUGCCGACGUCAUACCUGGAGGUAACCCUGUUUUUCUGUGCCGCCGGCCCCCGAGCACCCCAGGGUGGUGAUGGUCAACUGGACCCCCCAGUGGGGGACAUGUGUCUGGCUUCAGACUCUUCUGGCCUUGGCCUCGUCCGGCUGUCCCUCACUGGCUCCGAACCCGGUCAACUUCUCAGUGGUUUACACCAUGCCGUUCUUCCAAGCACGGGGCCCCAUCCAGAACAUCGUGAACAACUCCCUUUACCAGGAGGUGUACGUCGCUUCUCAGAAUGUGAUCGAAGCGGUCAACAGAAGCUUGGAGAAGACGUGGGGGCUUCGCACCGGCCCCGUGGGAAGUCCAGAGUGUCAGGUUUGCGAUCAGUGUCAAAUUGACAAAGACCCCAAUUUCCUGGAAGACACAAACAAUCAGGUGUUGCUGUUGGAUACUCUCUUUAUGUAUUUGUAUUCCUGUGGAAGCUCCCAAUAUGGCGUAUGCUACUUUCACCAACUCAACGCUAACGGAGAGCCACCUUCUCUUUCCAAGUGUUUGUUCCGGGCGAAUUCCAACUCUGCCGCCUACUGUCCUGACUGUGUGGCCAGCCCUCUCGGCACCAAAGUCACCAUGGUGGAAGAGGGUCAGACGGUGUACUUCUUUGUUGCCACCACUGUCAACGAAAGCGUAACUCAGCGCUACGGCAGGAAGUCCAUAUCGGUGCGGCGACCGCUGGCAACGGAGGAUGGCUUCUACAGUGACGUUCGUGGCCUGACCGUCCUUCCUGGGCUGAGGAGGACUUACCAUAUUGAAUACGUGUACAGCUUUUUCACUCAGGAGUUUGUCUACUUCCUGUCGGUUCAAAGAGAGAGCCCGGAUCAGGAUUCAUCGCCCUUUCAAACCCGCCUCGGCCGUCUCCCGCGCAAUGAAUGGGAGAUGAGGCGAUACCGCGAGGUCAUCCUCGAGUGUCGCUUUGAACCCAAACGGCGGAGGAGGAAUGCGGUCAGCGAACCCUACAAGGAUGUGGUUUACAACGUGGUUCAGGCAGCCCAUUUUGGCAAAGCAGGCAGGGAGCUAGCGGAGGAGUUGGGAGCGGAGGAAGAGGAUGACAUCCUCUACGGGGUUUUUGCUGUGACCGACGACAGCGGAGUCACCGAGCAUGAUUCAGCCCUUUGCGCCUUCCCCAUGGACAACGUGAAUAAAGCGAUCGCGGUUGGGGUGGACGACUGCUGUAAUUCCGGACCGGAGCAACUCUCCAGGGGGCUCUGCCACUUCCAGCCCUGUGAGAGCUGCCCUCAUGAGAGCAUGGAGAACAACGCCACAUGCAAAGACCAUCCAACAAUGGUUUCCAAGCCGUACUACCGAGUGGACCUAUUCAACCGACAGAUGACAAAUGUUCUUCUCACCUCCCUGUUGGUCACCACAAUUGACAACAAGACCGUCGCCCACAUCGGCACCUCCACCGGUCGAUUACUUCAGCUCGUGCUGACAAGAUCAAGCCCCAUUAUCUUUGCUAACUACUCUUUGGUGGAGAACCAGAGGGUUUCAUCCAUUGCUGCGGUGUACUCGUCGGAGUAUCUCCUGUUUGUGGUUGGAGACAAGAUGAUUCAGGUUCCCCAGAGAGGACCCGGCUGUCAGCACUUCCUGACCUGUGCCGUGUGUCUGACGGCCCCUAAAUUCAUGGGCUGUGGCUGGUGCUCGGGUGUCUGCUCAUGGGAGAGCGAGUGCUCUAAUCGGUGGAGGAAUGAGUCCUGCCCACCAGGGAUCACCGGGUUUUUUCCACGGACUGCUCCCCCUGAUGGUCAAACAGAGCUAACGGUGUGUGGAUGGGAGUUCCAGUCCCCUUUAAGACCCGCUAUUACGUCCAGAAGCCACCAAGUACGACUGGGACAGACCUUAUGCGCUGUGCUUCCGGUCAAGAGUAACAACACACACCUGGUUUGUAAGAUUCGCUCCAGCGCCACUGACCUGUCUAAGCCAGUCACCAUUACAGUGGAAGUGCAUGAGGGCAAGUUGGAGGGACGCUACUCUAUUGACGGGAAGGCAGAAAUGCCAGGCUUCACAUUUCUGAUUCCCAACAUCACCGAAAUCCAACCCAACUAUGGGCCUCGCAUUGGCGGAACGUUGAUCACAAUAACCGGAGCUCACUUGGAUGCCGGAACCACAAGGAGAGUCACACUCGACGAUGUGCCGUGCCCAAUUGUGAGCGUCACAGAACCUAAAGGCAAUAUGUCCUCCAUCAUCUGUCGCUCCCAGCCCAUCUCAGAGGUGAGGGACGUCCCUCUAGGUGUUUUCAUUGACAAGUCUCCUGUGGUCACAACAAAGGUCUUCUACUACAAAGAAAACCCAAAGAUUACAGCCGUGCUGCCCGACUGCAGCUUUGACAGGGGGUCGAAAAUAACCAUCGAAGGAGAGAACCUUGAUUCUGUUUAUCGGACCAUCAUCCGCUUUAAACCCAACGAGAGCCACCUGAAGCCUGUGACACGGGAGUGCAUCAGCAAGGCCUCGUCCACGAGGAUGGAAUGCAUCACUCCUGUCUUCCCAAGGGAUGAGUCAGAAGAAGGAGAGCUUUCUUUCGACAUGGAUGGUGCAAAGGGACUUUGGAACAAGGAGUUUUCCUACCACCCCUACGGCCGACCAAUACCUUUUGAAACAGAGGGACAUGAGCUGCAUUUGUACCCCGGGUUUGAUGAAGUUUCACUCCAUCAUCAGAAACUGAACCUGGUGAGCUCCUGCAUGACCAUCGUUAUGACGGUGGCGGGCGUCGAUUGUGAUGCUAAAGUCCUGGACAAUGAAAUCACCUGCAGGAUACCCAAAAACAUAACAAUCCCCGGCGAGGGAUUGCCAGUAAAGAUCUCCAUUAACGGACAAGUCCACAAUGUGGGUACCGUGAUCCGAGUCAGCAACCACUACAUGGUCGGGAUAGUGCUGGGGAUCUUGGCGGCUCUGGUGGCCGGGGCUGUGCUAGCCUUCGUUGUCAUGAAGCACUUGCGGAAGAAAAAGAAAGCCUCCAUGGUGGAGACCCGUUUGGCUCACAGUGCUAGCCGUUCCGCGUCAAAUAGCGUGGAGAUGUCACCCGUUGGGGACUACAGGAGAGUAGUGUCCCUCAAUCCUCCGACUCCCAUGGUUGGGUCCGUGGCCUUCCCCAGCUUGGCCUACGCUGCAAGCAGUAUAGACGUGACCCUCACUCCUCUCAUGGCGGCAGAGAAAAUCUCCAUUUCCAGUUUUAGGCCGGAGCUGCUGGAGGAAGUGAAGGAUGUUCUCAUUCCUGCUGAAAUGCUGAUCGUGCAGCACCAUCGGAUCAUUGGCAAAGGUCAUUUUGGAACAGUCUAUCAUGGCUACUUCACUGACCAUAACAGCAGAGAAAUACACUGUGCUGUCAAAUCUUUAAAUCGAAUAACAGACGUGGAGGAGGUGGAGCAGUUUCUGAAAGAAGGCAUCAUAAUGAAGGGGUUCCAUCACACCAAUGUGCUGUCUCUGCUGGGCAUCCUUCUCCCACAAGAAGGUCUCCCGCUGGUGGUUCUCCCCUACAUGAAACAUGGAGACCUGCGUCAUUUCAUACGCUGCGAAAAGAGGAACCCAACUGUGAAGGAUCUGAUCGGCUUCGGGCUGCAGGUUGCCAAGGGGAUGGAGUAUUUGGCUCAGAAGAAAUUUGUUCACAGAGACCUUGCGGCACGCAACUGCAUGCUGGAUGAGUCCUACACGGUCAAGGUGGCAGACUUUGGCAUGGCCAGGGAUGUUUUCGAUAAGGAGUACUACAGUAUCCAAGACCACAGAAAGGCAAAACUGCCCGUCAAAUGGAUGGCCAUCGAGAGUCUACGGACGCAGAAAUUUACUUCAAAGUCCGAUGUGUGGUCCUUUGGUGUGCUGAUGUGGGAGAUGCUGACCAGAGGAGCGAGCCCUUACCCAGAAGUGGACCCCUAUGACAUAACACACUACUUACUGAAGGGCAGAAGGCUCCCCCAGCCUCAGUACUGCCCUGGCCCUUUGUAUAGCAUUAUGCUCGAGUGCUGGGACCCCGAUCCAGAGUUGCGGCCUAACUUUGCUACGCUGGCGUCGGCCGUCACCACGAUCCUAUCCAGCCUCGAGGGAGAACACUACAUCAGUCUGAAUGUCACUUAUGUAAACCUGGACCAGCCACGCCCCUACCCGGCUCUCACCGAAUCUGCUGAUGAAUGUGACUCAACUGAUGCUGAAGACGAUGACUCCAUCUCCUCCUGAUCCCUGAACUCAAGUGGAACAAACAAUGGAACCAAAUACAAGCCGUGCCUGCUUUUCUACCGUACAGUGCAGCUGUAGAUCCUCUAGUCAUGUCUUAAUUGGUAUGGCUUCACACAUUUGCUUCUAAUUCUUUUGCAGUUCAUUAAUUGUUCUGUAUCCUUUGGAUCACACUUUUAGUUCUAUGUGCAAAACAAAAGCUAAAUCUAAUGUUACUUGUAUGGACCCCAUGUUUGAGAUAGUGUAAUAAAUUAAAAUAUUUAUUUGUUUAUAAUUUUGUCAAGAUGCGCUUUCAUUUAUGGAGGACCAAA